CGCAGCCCAAGGAAUCGAUCGAUUCCCCAAUCGAUCGAUCGAUCGCCUGCUUUUGAUUUACCACCCCCCCGCACUGACACCCUCUUUCGAUCGCCUUUCGCCACAUGAUCCGCCGUGCUUUCGAUCGCCAUGAAAGAGCCCAAGAAAAGGUCAUCAGACACAGCUUCCCUCUGAUUGAAACAAUCCCCAUUCAGCUGCAGCCUCGUAUCUCUGGACAAGGCGCAGCAGGGUUUUAGGGUAGCCCUGGUAGAGGCUUAUAGCUGAUCGAUCCUGUCGACGUCUCUCGUAUACCUUCCUUCUCGCCGGGGUCACCGCCGACGCGGCGGCUUUGCUUCCCGGCGAGGCUUGCCGCGAUCCCCCGCUGCAGGCAGCAGGCGAUCGAGCAGGGCCACGGCCAACCAUCAUUGGUCGGGCAUACGCUUCCGUGUCCAGGCAAAAGGGCUUCUAGCUAGGUGUCAUAUAAGUGCCUCUCGCCAUUGCCACUGACCAGACCUUGCGCUGCAGCCCUGCAGACGAUCGAGCUUCAUAGGUUUCUACACUUGUCGGAUCGGAUCAACAGUUAAUUCAAGAGGAGGAGGAGGAUGAGCGGGCACGGCGGCGGCGGCGACCCGCACCAUGAGGACUUCCAGCUCAAGGACACGAACCCGCUGCUGGGCGAGCAAUGGCCCAAGGGCGCGGCCGGCCCGGCGCGCCCCGGCGGCGGCGGCGGCGGCGGGCUCGCCGGGUGGCUGGGCGUCGACAAGCCCUCCAGCACCUACGACCUCGUGGAGCAGAUGUUCUUCCUCUACGUGCGCGUCGUCAAGGCCAGGGACCUCCCCCCCAACCCCAUCACCGGCGCCGCCAUGGACCCCUACGUCGAGGUCCGGCUCGGCAACUACAAGGGCACCACGCGGCACUUCGACCGCCGCGCCAACCCCAAGUGGGACCACGUCUUCGCCUUCUCCAAGUCCCGCGUCCAGUCCAACGCCCUCGAGGUCUUCCUCAAGGACCGCGAGAUGCUCGGCCGCGACGACUACGUCGGCAAGGUCACCUUCGACCUCGCCGAGGUGCCCACGCGGGUGCCGCCCGACAGCCCGCUCGCGCCGCAGUGGUACCGCCUCGAGGAGCGGCGGCGCGGCGAGGGCGGCGGCGGCAAGGUGCGCGGCGAGCUCAUGCUGGCCGUCUGGAUCGGGACGCAGGCCGACGAGGCUUUCCCGGAGGCGUGGCACUCGGACGCCGCCGCCGUGCGCGGCGAGGGCGUCGCCAGCGUGCGGUCCAAGGCCUACGUGUCGCCCAAGCUCUGGUACCUCCGCGUCAACGUGAUCGAGGCGCAGGACGUGCAGCCGCUGCACGCCGGCGGGGGCCGCGCGCCGGAGGUGUUCGUCAAGGCGCAGGUGGGGAGCCAGAUCCUCAAGACCUCCGCCGUGCCGGCGCCGGCGCUGAACCCGCGGUGGAACGAGGACCUGCUCUUCGUCGUCGCCGAGCCGUUCGAGGAGCAGCUGGUGCUCAUGGUGGAGGACCGGGUGGCCCCCGGCAAGGACGACCUCCUCGGCCGCGUCGCGCUACCGCUCACGCUCUUCGAGAAGCGGCUGGACCACCGCCCCUUCGUGCAGUCGCGGUGGUUCGACCUCGAGAAGUUUGGCGUCGGCGCCGCUGUCGAGGGCGAGACGCGGCGGGAGCUCCGGUUCGCGAGCCGCGUGCACGUGCGCGCCUGCCUGGAGGGCGCGUACCACGUCAUGGACGAGUCCACCAUGUACAUCAGCGACACCCGGCCCACGGCGCGGCAGCUCUGGCGGCCGCCCGUCGGCGUGCUCGAGGUCGGCAUCCUCGGCGCCGCCGGGCUGCAGCCCAUGAAGCACCGCGACGGCCGCGGCACCACCGACGCCUACUGCGUCGCCAAGUACGGCCACAAGUGGGUGCGCACGCGCACCAUGAUCGGCACCUUCAACCCCGCCUGGAACGAGCAGUACACCUGGGAGGUGUUCGACCCUUGCACCGUCAUCACCAUCGGCGUCUUCGACAACUGCCACCUCGGCACCAACAGCAACGGCAACAACGGCCAGCCGGCGCCGGCGCGCGACGCCCGCAUCGGCAAGGUCCGCAUCCGCCUCUCCACGCUCGAGACCGACCGCGUCUACACCCACGCCUACCCGCUCAUCGCCCUCCAGAAGACGGGCGUGAAGAAGAUGGGCGAGCUCCGGCUCGCCGUGCGCUUCACCUGCCUCUCCCUCGUCAACAUGCUCCACCUCUACACGCAGCCGCUGCUCCCCCGGAUGCACUACCUGCACCCGUUCACGGUGACGCAGCUCGACGCGCUCCGAUACCAGGCCAUGGGCAUCGUGGCGGCGCGCCUGAGCCGCGCGGAGCCGCCGCUCCGGCGGGAGGUGGUGGAGUACAUGCUCGACGUGGAGUCCCACAUGUGGAGCAUGCGGCGGAGCAAGGCCAACUUCUUCCGCGCCGUCUCGCUCUUCUCGGGGCUCGCGGCGGCGGCGCGGUGGUUCGGCGACGUGUGCCGGUGGCGGAACGUGGCGACGACGGCGCUGGUGCACGUGCUCCUGCUCAUCCUGGUGUGGUACCCGGAGCUGAUCCUCCCCACGGUGUUCCUCUACAUGUUCCUGAUCGGGCUGUGGAACUACCGGCGGCGGCCGCGCCACCCGCCGCACAUGGACACGAAGCUGUCGUGGGCGGAGGCGGCGCACCCGGACGAGCUGGACGAGGAGUUCGACACGUUCCCGACGUCGCGGCCGCAGGACGUGGUGUACAUGCGCUACGACCGGCUGCGGAGCGUGGCGGGGCGGAUCCAGACGGUGGUGGGGGACAUGGCCACGCAGGGGGAGCGGCUGCAGUCGCUGCUCAGCUGGCGCGACCCGAGGGCGACCUGCCUCUUCGUCCUCUUCUGCCUGCUCGCCGCGGUGGUGCUCUACGUCACGCCGUUCCGGGUGGUGGCGCUCGUCGCCGGGCUCUACGUGCUUCGCCACCCGAGGUUCCGGAGCAGGCUGCCCGCCGUGCCCAGCAACUUCUUCCGCCGCCUGCCGUCGCGCGCCGACAGCAUGCUCUGAUGAAUCUCGAGGAUGCAUGACCCGAUCCAGUCCUGUCCUCCUGCUCUGAAUAUGAAGCAUGCUCUGUUCGAUCUUCAGUCAAGAGAAUGUUUCCUUCAUUCCGUUUGUUUUCCUUUUGAAUUUCUUUUGACUUUUCUCUAGUGUGUAAGGUGUUAAGUUUGGGCACCUUGAGAUUUGAAAAAGUUCAGGUGUAACUAUGUUUGUCUGUUGAAUAAGCGUGAUGCUAUGCUCCAA